AUGUUGCUCCUAGUCUCGACUACCGUUGAGUUUCUCUCGGGCCUCUUUUCAUGGUCGAAUGCAGACGAAGGAACGCCGGCAGACGGGCAGGGACUAAUGGUCGAUGCGCGACUUCCAGAGCUCUGGUUUGAAGAUAUUCCUCACUGCACUCUUCGAUGUCUGUAUGGACCAGCUCUUGCUUGUGGCUGCGCCUACUCGGACUUUGACUGCUUCUGCAGAGCUUUCAGUGAGAUCGCAGGUAAUGCUGAAAUCAAGAAUUGCAUUACAGCAUGUCCUCAUAAUGAAGAUGGCCGUUGGGGACCGGACCGUAUCCUCGACUUCUGUCAGCUAGUGACCGGCGACGAUAUCCAGCUGCCCAACUACAUGAACCAGUAUGCUGGCGUACAUCGACGACAGGCGAUCCCCGUUACAGAAUCUCAGAAGGGCGGUACCUAUUACCCUUCAUUUCCCUUCAUUUCGACGAUUUCGACGAUUUCGACGUCAGCACAGCCAUUAGCAGCAGCGACGGGCUCAGUCAUCACGUCAGCAACCAGCUUCAUUACUACGUUAGAGCCAACAACAACAAUAUCGACCGGAGUAGCCAUCACAUCAGCAACGACAACAUCUUCCAGUUCAGCAUCGUCGUCUGCCCCUCCUCCAACAGGAGGUCUUUCAACAGGCGCAAAAACUGGAAUCGGAGUGGCAGUGCCACUCGUCGUCAUUUCGAUAUUGCUCGGAAUAUUCUGGUUUCGACGCAAACAAGCACGGGACAAGAAAGUUCAUCAGGGGACUGGUAGUGAUGAUAUUCCUGACAUGAGUAAGCAAUUUUGGCCCAGGAAUCUCUCUUCGACAGCCUCUAGGCCACUGCCCGCCGAAGCAGAUAGCAAUCCUAUUCAUGAACCUGACAGUAAUGCUAUCCACGAAUUCGACGGUAAUCCCGUGUCCUCGUCACGGCACUUACGCAGCAGUGAUACCCCUUCGCCCAUUGUCUACGAGUUGAAUGCGCAGCCCUCGGUCAGGGCUCCUCCACCUGCGGUUCUAGCUUCAAAUAAAUGGGGCGAAUCAAUACACGACGCGGCUUUUACCGAAGAUCUGUCUACUAAUGAAACCCUAUCUAAGGCCUCGCUGAGCUCUCCCGUUUUCGUGAAUGACCCCAAACCAGCGACAUCUCGAGAAGUAGACGCCGCCAUGCCAGGCAAAACUACCUCUGCUCCAGCACAUUUGCACCAUCAAUCCUCAGACAACAAUCAAGAACAAACCCAAUUAUCGCCUGCAAAGCCAGAGAAAAACAUAGAUACGGAUCUCCUCGACCUUGAGGCGGAGAUAGUACGUGUCAGAGAACAGAGAGAAAGAUUACAGCACUUGCAGAUGCUAGAAGACAGAGAAGAACAGCUUCGGAAAGAGAUUCAGGCUCGGAAGUCUGGUUUAUCAAAGAGUGGAUAG